UCCGACACCCCUCUUCCGCUCCCGGCGUAGAACAGGCCGGGCUGCGCUUGGGGUUGCCAUGGGGACGAGCACUAGCAGCACCUGGCUUGGGCGCCUGGAGACCGCGCCUUCUCCGGGAGGUACCGCUCCCCGGCCCUAGCCAUGGCACAAGAGACUGAAAACUACGACCCCAUCGGAUCGAUCCUAAUCCAGGUCCAUGAAGACCUUUAUCAGUUAAAGGAGAAAUUAACAAAUUUCCCGCUUGAGGAAAAGGGAGAGACUCUAGACAUUCGGAAUCUUGAAACCGCAAUCAAAAGGACUGAAAUGGGGUUAAAAAUUCACAUCGAGAAGUAUUUAAAUGUUGUAAACCAUCAUGUGUUAACGGCUCCUAUUAAUGAUGAUAAUUUAUAUUCUCCUCAUGCUUCCAAAUGGUUGCUUCCAGCUGUAAUUGAUCAGAAAUCAUUUAUUUUCCCUCUAGAAUCUGAGGGUAAACUUUGGCAACCCCAAAGACAGCACAGUACAUUUCCACAAGCCUUUCCAAGAAAAAAGCGAAAGAUAGGGUUGAAUGUAAAAAUCAUGCACGAUCCUGAAAACAUCCACCACAGAGGUGCUAUAAAUUCGACCUAUGGAAUCAGUUUGCCAUACAUUAAUCAGAGAAAAGCAUGUGUGAAGGUUCAGAAGUUAAUAGAAGGGUCUACCGUAUCCAACCUCACCGUUCUCCCAGCUUCUCAUCACAGAAAUCCCUAUUUCACCCCCAUACCAGUCUUACAAACGGAAGCCAGGAAAGGAAUUUUAAGUAUGAUAGAACGAGGACUAAUUCCACCAACAGCAAGGAUUACCUUUCAGAAUCCACCCAUUGCACCUAGAGCAGCUCUUCUGCAUAAUUUUGAUGAAGCACAUAAGAUUCCACCUGCUGCCCCUUUCGGUACACCUCAGAAACCACAGCUGAUUCCAGUGGAAGUGAAGAAGGUCUCUGCCAAGAAACAAACAUCAAAGGGGAAAGGCAAAAGGUCAAGAGGACAUCAUGAUAGGAAGGCCAUGAAAGUCACAAUACCUUCUAGAGCUGUGCAAUCACCAUGGGAGUAUGACUUCUCUAUUUCUAAUGGUGUCAUAGACACGACAGCCCCGGACUUCUCAGCAUUCAAGGAACAUUUUAAUUUAUCCUGGGGAAGUAUUUUUUCUCUCUUGGAACACAUCAAGAAGUUUCUCAGGGACUAUGCAAUACCAGAAGUUAAAAUAAAAGGAAACAAUUUGGUAGCCUUCCUUCCAGAGUUUGAGCUGAAGAAUAAACUUACCAGAUAUGACUUUCUCUCACUGGUAGAGAACCCAGUUCACAUCCAAAUGAUGUUAAAUCUUCCGGGCCAAAGGUACAAGGGCCAAGAUGGAAAGUCAGAGGCUGCCAUCAAGAUCCAAGCCACAUGGAAAUGCUUCAAAGCGAGACAAAUUUUCUUCAUUUAUCGCCAGCAGAAGUGGGCUUCAGGUGUGAUUGCCAUCGCGUGGCUCUUACAUUGCCAUAAGACCCGAGUGAAGAAGAUCCUGCAGGAAUCACGUGAAAGACACCUGGAGAAUUUCCGUAUUCGAGCCAAGCAUCUGGCAGCCAACUGGAAUCGCAUCAGGACCUCCAGGAGGACUAUUAUCCAUAUCCCAUCAUUAGGAUAUUCCCAGCCUGUGCGACAAAAUAUUGCCGACUUCAACACAAAGCAGAACAUGCAGCUGGGGAGGCUGUGUGACAUCUUAGAUGCCAAUGUGAGUGUCAUCUACAUCUGCUCCCAUCAGAUGAAUGACGAGUUACUGCUAUAUUACAAUAAAAUCCUGAGUCUACAGGCAGCUGUCAAAUCGGGGAACCUUGAGGACAGAAGUGACCUGCAGGACAGGUUCAAAAUUAUCACCCCUGAAGCUAUAAACAUCUUCCCUAAGCAUCAUAUGUGCCUGGCCACUUACCUGAUGUACAGUCCCAAGGCGAUCAAAAGAAUAAAAAAUCUCAUCCAAGGAAAAGAGGCCUACAUUGUCGGCGGGUUCCUCCACAGAGAUGAUUUGGCCGUGGCGGAUAUGUUAGGCAUCCCCAUCCUGGGUCCAGAGCCUGAACUGGCUCAUCUCUACAGCAGCAAGUCUGGAAGUAAACUGGUCUUUGACAGCGUCAAUGUGCCAGUCCCUCCUGCAGUGUAUGGCAUCUAUCGUCACCAGCAGAUGAUAGAACAGCUGAGUCAGCUGGUCAUAGAUCACCUGGAAAUCCAACGCUGGCUCUUUAAAAUGGACUAUGAGUUUGGAGGAAAUGGGACUGCGUUUUGUGACAUUCCUUCCCACCUAAAGCACUACAAGUGGUUCCUAAAGGAGAGCAGCAGAUAUGGCCAUGAAGACUGGAGCAAGAAAUGGGCACAAGAGCCAGCUUUGGUGAAGAUCUCCGAGGAGCUGGCGGGCAUUUUAGCACAGCACGCACAGCCAGUCAAUGAGAAACGGUUCCCGACGUGGAGGAAAUUCCUCCAAACAUUUCUCAGUCAAGGAGGCGUGGUGGAAGCGUAUCCACCUGCAGAAAGUGUCACCAACCUGACAGUCGAUAUGCUGAUAGAGCCCAAUGGAGAAAUCAGAGUGUUGUCAACGGGGGACCAGAUUCAUGCAGAAGGCCCCUUCAUCAAUUCUGGUACCACCAUGCCUCAGACCUCGGUGGAUCCCCAAGUUCUCAGUUCUUUGUGCCUCAAAAUCGGAAACGCUUGUAAAAUGAGAGAUGUGGUUGGUUACUUUUCUAUAGACCUGGUGACAUUUAUCGAUGCAAGCACCAUGGAACAGCAGGUGUGGGCAACAGGCCUCAGCCUCUCAUACAGUGACCAGCUGGCCCUGACUCAGCUCACCUUAUACCUGACCAACGGCCAUCUGGAUUGCAGUUUGGGCACCCUUAAAGUGCCCAACUUUGUUCCCAAGAAAGAGAAGCAAAUGAGCUGCCUUAAUGCCCUCUCAGUGUCGUCACCAGCAGCCAGUCGCUAUGCAGUGAUGACGACCCAGCUGAAGCACAACAAUCUCUCGCUGGUUUUCCCGUAUGUUUUUCUCCAAAUGUGUAAGGCCCAUGGCAUCGGCUAUGACAUUGAGGACAGACAAGGAACUGUCUUUAUAUUAUAUGAACACCUGAAGAGAGACAAGUUGGGAAUGUUAACAAUCGGUGAGGAUCUCCAGGGGGUCCUCAUGACCUUUGCUCGAAAUCUCUUCAUCAUCCAUCAAGAAAUAUCAGCACCUAAUAUGCAAGGCGAGACCAAUUUUAAGACCGCCAUUGAUGACAUUGAAGCCAUCCUAGGAGUAACAGAGGAAAACAAAAUGAGAUUUGAAGAAGAACUCAAACAGUCCAUAGAUGCUAAAAAACCCCUCUAAACCUGAUAAAUGAAUGAUCCUGGAAUAUACUGCUGAUUUUAGAUUUUAAUCCAGAAUUGAAAAAAGGCAACAUUCUUUUUGCUGUGAUGAAUAAAAGUGGGGAGCAGAGUUAGUUUGCUUUGUUUGCUAGGAGGUGUAGUAGAACAGAUUAUAACGUAAUGCUCCUUUAAAAAAAUUAUUUACUAAGUGAUCUUAGUUUACUUACUAAACUAAAACCUAUUUGUGCUUUUACUUGAGAGUGUUGAACAAUCUCUUCUUCUGUCUGAAUUCAGUAAGGAAUAUUCUAACAAGAAAGUUACAAGUCUUCCUGACAACACUUCGGGAUCUACCUCUUUAUAAACUUCAGGAUUAUGGAGCUUUUGUUUAUCCUUUAUUACAGAGUUUUGCCCUCCUAUUUCUAACAGCAUUUUGUCUUCUACAUUUAAAAAAUUAAAUAAAGGCUUAAUCAUUGCUA